AUGGGGACUUUAAAAGUUCUUAUGUGGAAACAUCUGAUGGUUCGUAAGAGACGAUUUAUACAUACACCAGUAGAAAUUAUAUCGCCAGCUAUACUAUUUAUAAUAUUAUUUUGUGUAAAAAAUUACUUUCUUGGUAAAGGAAAAUUUGAUACCGAUGAACUUUACAGUGUUCAAAAAACAGACCCAGUUAAACUUGGCUCGGUAGAAAAUAUAGACAAAAUAUUUUAUACACCUGAAACUGAUUUUUCUAAUCGUCUUAUGCGAUAUGUUGAAGAAUACUAUGAGUUACAUAGAGCUGAUAAAGGUUAUAUGGCAUACCCAAAACCUAAAAUGAAGCCUGUCAACGAUCCAACAAUGUUGCAAAACUUGACGAAUGAUUUUGAAGUGACCCAUGGCAGUGCCGCAAUUGUCUUAUUUAAGGGAAUCGAUCUGCAAGAAACAAAGCCGAAUAAGUUAAUUUAUACCAUACGAUUGGCAGAUGACUUUAAGACGUAUUCAUAUGAUUCUUUAAACUUGGGUCCGCAUUACAAUUACGGUACUGUCUAUGAGCGCUUCAUGAAGCUACAGUGGGCAAUCGAUUCAAGCUACUUAAAAAUAUUAGGCGUUGAAAAAGAAGUUCCUCAGAACGUUAUUUUACAAGAAUUCCCUUAUAAGACAUCGAAACAAAACCAUGUAGCUGCAGUCAUAUGCCAAAUACUGGCUGUAUUUUGCUGGUUAUCGCUGUUGCUAGUUUUCGUGUUCCUUGUGGCGAGGCUGUUAGAAGAGCGCGUCACCGGAAUUCAGGAGCUGAUAAAAAUGGUGGGCGUUUCCAACAAUAUGCUUAGCUUGACACAUGUGUUGAACUCGAUGCCGGCGGGCAUCGUGUUCAGCGUGGUGCCGACGAUACUCGUGAGCGUGACGGUGCAACCUCUUAUAUCGAACUCCAACCCAUUCUUGAUAUUCUUGAUGCUCAUCUUGUACUUCAUAUCUGUUGUGUCUAUGGCAUUCAUGUGCAGCUACAUUGCUAAUAACACUCAAUACACAGUAACAAUAGCUACCUUCGCGUACAUAUUUUUGGAUGUGCCGGCGAGACUGCUCGGCUCGUAUACAGUACCGCGGUGGGCGCUGCCCCUCUGCGGGCUCCUGCCCCAUGUGCCCAUGGACUGGUUUUGGAAAGAAGUCACUGCUUUGGAACAAUUCGAUAUGGGCUUAAAAUUCAGCAACUUUGUGAAUAGUCACAAUGCCCAGACGGGUUCAGCUCUAUCCUGCUAUUUUUGUCUCAUAAUACAAUCGGUGAUAUUCUUCACCCUGUCCUGGUACCUGUCGCACGUGAGGCCCGGCCCCUACGGACAGGCAUUGUCGUGGAACUUUGUUUGUAAGAGACAAUAUUGGAGCAGCAAGAGAGUGACUCCAGAAGAGCAAGAAGAGUUAGAGGAGUUGGAUGACGACGUCGACCCAGAGUUUUUUGAGCCUCCGCCCAAAGAUGUAGAAGUGGGCAUAAAAAUUGUAAAUGUCUCUAAGGUGUUUGAUAAGCAGCGUGCUCUAAACAACGUUUCACUUGACGUGUACAAAGGAGAAAUAACCGUGUUGUUGGGGCACAAUGGGGCCGGCAAAACGACACUCAUGUCGAUUAUUACUGGUAUGCUAAAAGCUACUGAAGGCAAAGUGUACGUGGAAGGUUUAGACACGGAAACUCAAAAGGAAGAAAUGCGUAGAUACCUUGGAUUGUGUCCGCAGCACAACUUGUUCUUUCCCGAUCUCACUGUUUUGGAACACGUCAUUUUCUUUACUAUGCUCAAAGGCGUAACGUAUACCGAAGCGAAACAAUCAGCGACGAAACUUCUAGAACGUCUGGGACUGUCGGACAAGCUGAACAGCAAGAGUGGGCAGCUGUCGGGCGGCAUGAAGCGGCGCCUGCAGCUGGGCUGCGCGCUGGCGGGCGACGCGCGCGUGCUGGUGCUGGACGAGCCCACCGCCGGCCUCGAUGUCGAGACCCGCCGCGAGCUGUGGGACCUGCUCUUGUCGCUGCGGGAGUCGCGCACGGUGCUGCUGAGCACGCACUUCAUGGAGGAGGCGGAGGCGCUGGGCGAGCGCGUGGCGGCGCUGCGCGGCGGCCGCCUGCGCUGCCGCGCCUCCACCAUGCGCCUCAAGCGCGCGCUCGGCACCGGCUAUCGUCUAUCGUUCACCACAGUGGGUAUACCCAACGAGCCCGCCAUCACGGCCGCCAUAUUGUCGACAAUUCCAGAAGCUUCUUUAAAGGAAACCUCUCUUAACUCUAUAUCUUACAACCUGCCAUCGAGGUGCAGUGACAAGUUCCCCAGACUCUUCAACCAACUCGAGUCCCACAGAUCGGAGCUUGGCAUUAAUACUAUUGGUGUCGGAAUUUCUACGUUGGAAGAGGUGUUUUUAAAACUAUGCAGUGACGUCACCACCACUUUCUCCGAUGACGCGGUCGAUGGAGAGUCUAUUGAGCCCACAUACAAAAUAUUGACUGGCCUCCACCUGUACAAAAACCAACUGAUUGAGCUUCUAAAGAGGCAAUUGAAAUAUGUUUGGUCGAAGAAAAUAUCGUUUUUGAUAAUGCAAGUUAUAUCGCCAAUUUUACUGAUGUGCUUCUUCACCCUGAUAACAAACAACAAUUUCACCGCGGGCGCGCCCGAUGUCGACAAAACCAUAGCCUUGGAUCUGAAUGUGUACGACCAAGUUGAGGAUAGGAAAGUACUCUAUAAUAUUAACUCAGAUAUUUUUAAAAUAAAUGCCAUAAAGAAGAGGAAUCCGCAUGUUGUGUUUGAAAGCACAGAUGAUGUUAGUGCAGCGGUCCUUCGAGCCGGAUAUGCGGACGUAACGGAGUAUAACAAAUACUUAGUUGGGAUUGAGCUCAACGAUACCCACGCUACGGUAUUAUUCACGACAGUAGUCCGGCACGCGGCGCCCGUUGCACUGAACCUGCUAUCCAACUUACUGGCCACAUCGCUGUCCGACGCGCACGCCAUCACCACCUACAACAACCCCAUAGAAACAUACCGAAGACCUACGUCUACACAGAAAGAGCCGGACGAGGGGAAAUAUCAAAUAAAUACUAGCUUAUGGGCAUUCGGAAUUGUGUUCAUAAUCCUAACCACGGUGGUAAACAACGUGUCGCUGCCGUGCAAGGAGCGGGCGUCGGGCGCGCGCCACCUGCACGUAAUGGCGGGAUGCGCGCCGGCGCUGCACUGGGCUGCCACGCUGCUGGCGCACGCGGCGCUGCACGCGCUGGCGCUGGUGCUGCCCGCGCUCGUCGUGGCCGCCGCGCUAGACCAGGACGGCACUAUCAACCAGCCAGACUUCUUGGGAACACUGUUCGUGAUCCUCAUGCUGGGCAUAGUCGCGUUUCUGGCGCUGAUGUACCUCGUGAGCUUCAACUUCGGCGAGCGCGGCGCUGGCGUUAUGUUAAUCGGCUUUAUUAUGGCUUUUGGAGUGAUAACGCCAGGCUUGUCCCAGAUACCAAAAGAUGAUCAGAAUUCAUUCUUGCGAUUCAUAUUAGUCGUCGCGGCGUACGUGAUGCCGCCCCAUACAUUUACCAUCGCCACCAUGCAAGCCACUGAAGUAGCUAGAUUCAACAAAUUGAUUAGUUCCAUGGCCGCUUCAUUGGAAGCCUUAAAAUUAGUGGCGGACACAAGUGAGCCCAAGUCCUAUUUUUCUUUCGCUGACAAAUGUCCCGGGCCAGCUAUGCUAGUAUUGUUCUUCCAAUACAUAUUUUACAUGAGUGUAGUGAUUCUGACGGAGUGCGGGCUAUUCAAUAGCUUCUACGACCGCGUGUUCAACGCGCGCUACCGGCCCGCGCCCGCGCCCGCCGCCGACGACAUGGUGCGCGCGGAGAAGGCGUACGUCGACAAGGCCAUCGCCUUGCCGCCCGAUCAAAUCCGGGAUGCGAUGUUAGUGAACGACGUGCACAAGAACUACUGGCGCGUGCUCGGCAAGUCCUGCAGCGCCGUGCAAGGUGUCAGCUUCUCCGUUAAAAAGGGUGAAUGUUUCGGUCUCCUCGGGGUUAACGGCGCGGGCAAGUCCACUAUAUUCAAAAUGCUAACAGCUGUAGAGUGCACUACAAAGGGCUCCAUAUUCGCUAACGGACAUUUCAUGAACAUGCUUUCCGGACAGUACCUGCGGUCGCUGGGCUACUGCCCGCAGUUCCUGGCGCUGGACGGGUUCCUGUCGGGGCGCGACAACCUCGUGCUGCUGCUGACGCUGCGCGGCCUGGCGCCGCGCGACGCGCGCGCCGACGCCGACGCCUGGAUAGACACCGUCGGGCUGACGCGGUACGCGGGGCGCGCGGUGCGCGCGUACUCGGGCGGGUGCGCGCGGCGGCUGGGCGCGGCGGCGGCGCUGUGCCGCGGCGCGACGGCGCUGCUGGACGAGCCCACGGCCGGCGUGGACGUGGCGGCGCGCCGCCGCGUGUGGGCCGCCGUGCGCCGCGCCCACGACCGAGCGCUCGUCGUCUGUUCGCACAGCAUGGACGAGAUGGAGGCGCUGUGCGGGCGCAUCGCGAUCAUGUCGCGCGGGCGCGUGCGCGCGCUGGGCGAGGCGGCCGCGCUGCGCGCCGCGCACGCCGCCGGCCACGCCGUGCUGCUGCGCCUGGCGCGCGGGGCCGGCGCGCGCGCCGACAGAGACGAAACGGACAGCACUAUGUCGGAAUUGACCCGUUUAAAAGCUUCGCUACAAGAAAAGUUCAACUGCACACUCCGAGAUGAACAUAAGACGCGUCUACACUACCACAUCAACGAUACGCUGAGAUACAGCGACCUGUUCUCAGAACUGGAACGUCUAAAGAGCGAGUUCCCCACGCUGUUGGAGGACUACUCCGUCACCGAAACCACCUUGGAGGAAGUGUUCUUGUCUUUCGCUAAAGAAGAGAUCGACGAAGGACCCACGCCUGUU